GAAAACCAUUGGCUGAAUCUCGGGGGGAAAUAGGAUAUGGAAACUCAUACAUUGAGUGGUUUAGUGAGGAGGCUAGAAGGAUUAAUGGAGAGAUUGUGGCAGGUACAACACGAACCAAGGAGAUGAUGUUUAUCCGUCAACCAAUUGGAGUUGUUGGUAUGAUUACUCCAUGGAAUUUUCCUAAUGCUAUGAUCACAAGAAAGGUAGCAGCAGCAGUAGCUGCUGGAUGUACAUGUGUGGUCAAACCUGCUGAAGACACUCCACUCUCAGCUUUAGCUUUGGGUCUUCUUGCAGAACAAGCAGGAUUCCCUAAAGGAGUAAUGAAUGUUGUAACUAGCAGAAGACACACUCCUGAAAUUGGUAAACUCCUAUGUGAAUCUCCCAAAGUGGCUGGUAUCUCAUUUACAGGUUCUACCCAGGUUGGAAAGAUCUUGUACCGUCAGGGAUCCAGUACUGUCAAGCGGAUGGGAUUAGAAUUGGGAGGAAAUGCAGCAUUCAUCGUGUUUGAGUCGGCAAACCUAGAUACUGCUGUACAGGGAUUAAUGGCCAGUAAAUUCAGGAACUGUGGCCAGACUUGUGUAUCUACAAACAGAGUCCUGGUUCAGGAGUCCGUAGUAGAUCAGUUUCUGGAGAAACUCAAGGUUGCAAUGGAUAAACUAGUACUUGGUGAUGGGUUUGCUGACGGUGUAACUCAGGGACCUAUUAUUAAUAAAGCUCAAUUUGAUAAGGUGUCAAGAAUGGUAGAGGAUGCGAGGAAGGGUGGAGCCGAGUUGGUGAUGGGCGGGGAACCCCACCCCGCGGGUGGUUUGUUUUAUAAACCAACAAUACUCACUCAGGUUACCGAGGACAUGAGUCUAUUCAAGGAAGAAAUUUUCGGACCGGUGGUUUCUGUUAAAACCUUUAAAACUGAGGAGGAGGCUUUGAGUAUUGCAAAUAAUACCAGAGUUGGACUGGCCAGUUACUUCUACAUUGUUACAUACCUUUACUUUCUAUAACAUCUUGUUUAUAGAGUUGGACUGGCCAGUUACUUCUACAUUGUU